AUAAAGAGAAAGAACAGUCAAACAAAUGUUGCCAAGUCUGUCAUCAAUCAAGUCGACAUCGACACGACAAAUAAAGAAAACGAAGUCGAAGUCGAAAAGUGUAGACAAUGAUUACUAAAUAAAAAGCGCUAAUCUUUAGUAUUAAGUGUAAAAAAUAGUGGAUUUUCGAAGUGCAGCAAUAUUUUAUAAGAUACAGUAUUUUUAGGACAAUUUCAAAAUGUCGCAACGGGAUCCAGGUCCAAUACCUAAUAGGUGGCUGAAGUGUCCGCGGAAAGCCACUGGCCUGAUUGCUGACAAGUUCUUGGCAUUCAAAACGCCUCUGGGGCAUCUGUUCAAUGAUAAAGUACCUGAAGAAAACCGUUUCACACCUUCUAUGCUGUUCGUUUACAUGAAAAGUUUAAAGGUGAAAUUGGGACUAUGGGUUGACCUGACAAACACAAAUCGUUUUUAUGACAAGAAAGAUAUAGAGAAUAUGGACUGUAAAUAUAUAAAACUUCAGUGCAGAGGACAUGGUGAAACUCCUACAGUGGAACAAACAAGGUUAUUCAUAGAUCUGGUGUCUAGAUUCAUAUCUCAGAACCCACUGGAAGUGGUUGGGGUACACUGCACCCACGGGUUCAAUAGAACGGGGUUCUUGUUAGUGUCGUACAUGGUUGAACAGCUGGACUGCAGUGUUGAAGCUGCCGUUAACGAGUUUGCUAGGAUGAGGCCCCCUGGUAUUUACAAACAGGACUAUCUGCAAGAGUUGUACAGACGUUAUGACGAUGCAGAGUUCACUCCGGCGGCCCCGAUGAGGCCCGAUUGGUGUAAUGAAGAAGAAGAAAUUGAUUAUGACGAUGAUGAUGAAAGGCCGAGUAAUUCUCAAUCUCAGACUGAUUCUAGCAAAAAUGGCAAUCCUAACCAUAGACGUAAGGGCAGACGCGAGACUACUCAUAAAAAAGCCACAUUUAUGCCGGGAGUGAGAGGAGUGGAGCCGUUCGAUACCCAACCUCGUCUCAGCCAAGUGCAGAGGAAAGCGCAGGAGUUCUGCGAGUGGGAGAAGACCGGCUUCCCGGGAUCCCAGCCCGUGUCCAUGGACAUCAUGAACCUGAGGAAACUGCACGAAAAACCAUACAGGGUCUCGUGGAAAGCUGACGGUGUCAGAUACAUGAUGCUCAUUGAUGGCGAGGACGAAGUGUACAUGUUGGACAGAGACAACUGCGUGUUCAAAGUGCGAGGGCUCAAAUUCCCGCACAGGAAGGAUCUGAGGAGGCAUCUCACUAAUACAUUAUUGGAUGGCGAGCUGGUCAUAGACAAAGUGAACGGCAAGGAUACCCCUCGGUACCUGUGCUAUGACAUCAUCAGGUUCGAGAACCAAGAUGUCGGCAAGAUGCCCUUCUAUCCCAACAGGCUGUCUUACAUCGAGAAUGAGAUCGUCAAUCCGAGACACAAAGCAAUAAUGCAAGGUCUGAUCAACAAAGAAAGUGAGCCGUUCAGCAUAAGACUGAAGCAGUUCUGGGAGGUCACGAUGGCGCAGAGACUUCUCGGAGACAAGUUUGCCAAAACUCUGUGCCACGAACCAGAUGGACUUAUAUUUCAGCCCUCCAAAGAGCCGUACAUGCCUGGCCAGUGCCCUGAUGUACUGAAAUGGAAACCGAGUCACAUGAACAGUGUAGAUUUCAAGCUGAAAAUCGUCACAGAAGGUGGACAAGGAAUGUUACCAACAAGAGUUGGCCAGCUUUUCGUCGGUCAGCUAGAUCGGCCGUUUACAGCCAUGCGUGUGACUAAAGACAUUAAGGACCUUAACAACAAGAUCAUAGAGUGCAAAUUCGAGAACAACCAAUGGGUCUUCAUGAGGGAACGCACGGACAAGUCGUAUCCAAACAGUUAUAACACAGCUAAAUCGGUGUGCGAGAGCAUCCAGACGCCGGUGACGAGCGAGCGGCUGCUGGAGUACAUCGAGCUGCAUCGCUUCCACGACGACGCCGACAUCAUGCCGCCGCCCAAGCGGCCCCGGCUGUAGACUGUGAACACUGACUUUACACUAAAUAAAUAAAUCAACUCAU